CACAUCCUAGAGCCUCUAGAGUUGACACGCUGGUAACUUUUGUUAAAAAUAUAUAUAUUUUACGUUGCAUAUAUUUUUAUAGAGUGUUCAAAGAUACCACAACUAUCGUCAAAGCCAGAGGUCAAAUAAAUUGAUCAAUUCACUUUUUUAAACGUUCGGAAUCACUAGAUCUGUAACUGUUCUGGUAAACCGUACAGCCUGAUCAAUCAAUACGGGAUCCUCGGGACGUCCAUAUCCUAAAUCCUAACACUAACCUUAACUCAAUAACCCUUACCUUAACUCCUACCUAAAUACCAUUUUAAAUGUCAACUUCAAUUUGGGGUACGGACUUCCCAAGGACCGCCUAUAGCACGGACCCAAUCGAAACGCAGACAGAGUUGUUUUCGUUUUACCGAAGUGCAGCCUACUUUCAGGAGAAAUUAGGGAUUUCUUCGUUUUCACUGCAAUUGCACAGCAGGUGUUGUUUUUAUUCGCGAAGUACCUGCUGCUUACCCGAACAGGAAUGGCGCGUUGACGAUGGCGAAAACACCAGAGAGCAGCGGUGUGGAUUUAGGAGAUGUUUCCCAUAGCUGCAAUUCACGAGCUCUGAAAGUUACAACAUCAACAACAUCAUCAUCAUCACCACCACCAUCAUCUUCCCUCAGCAGCAGUGCUCACCUUCAGCUAGAGGCAGCAUCACCACCACCCCUCCAAGUUCUCCAGUUGAAGAGGCAUCAUAAGCAGCACCAUAGCCAUGGCCAUGAUCUGUUACCUAAGAAGAACCCUCUAGAUAAUACAGUGAGAGAUUUGUUAUCAUCCUGUGUCUGUGAGGUACCUGCCUCUGGUGGUGUUUCCCAGGACCCGACUGCCUCUGCAUCUGCCAUGGCCUUAGCUGUCACUACCACAGUUUGCUCUGGUGUUGAGGCUAGAGAUGUAUGGAAGUCUGGAUACCUGAGAAAGAUGAAGCACAGCCACAAGAGAUUUUUUGUCUUGAGAGGGCCAAGUGACACAGGCCCCAGCCGUUUGGAGUACUAUGAUAGUGAGAAGAAAUUUAGAAAUGGAAUGAAAUCUGUUUGUAAAUCUCCCAGUGCUGUGGGUUCUCCAAAGAAGGUGAUUUAUCUGUAUCAAUGUUUUACUGUUAGUAAAAGGGUAGAUUCUAAACACAAGCACCUGAUAGCCCUGUACACUAAGGAUGAGCACUUUGUCAUGAUAGCGGAGAAUGAGGAGGAGCAAGAGGAUUGGUACCUGGCUCUGAGUGAUCUGGUGAUCCAGGAGAAAAAGGAGUACCAGGACGCUGAGGAGUUGGAUGAUGGAUACUGGACCGUCUCUCCUGGAGCCAUCUUCAAGGAGGUGUGGCAGGUGAUUGUAAAGCCCAAAGGUUUAGGACAAACCAAGAACCUGAUAGGAGUGUGCCGGCUGUGUCUCUCUUCCAAGACCAUUCACCUGGUGAAGAUGUGCUCUGAAAUGACGUCUGUGAACCUGCCUCUGAUGAAUGUGCGUCGCUGUGGUCACUCCGAGAGCUUCUUCUUUAUGGAGGUGGGCCGCUCGUCCUCCACUGGGCCCGGGGAGAUCUGGAUGCAGGUAGAAUCAGGCGACCCUGUGGUGGCUCAGAACAUGCAUGAGACAAUCCUGGAGGCCAUGAGAGCCCUGAGGGCCAUCCCUGAUUUCAGGCCUCGGAGCAAGAGUCAGUCAUUCCCAUCAAACCCCUGUGCCGUAGUCACCACACGACGUCAACACCAUGGCAACCUCCCACCCAGCCUGACUGGGUUACAGCGCUCUAUAAGGGUGGAAACUGUUGUGAGCAAAGCAUCCCCACAGAAAGAUAAAGGAGAUGGAGGCCACAGCCCCAAUCAAACUUCUAGCCAUGGAGAGGGGACAAUGAACCAACUGAUCAGCCCAGGGACUGGCACCUUGGCUCUCCGUAAUGUCUGCAUCAGUAAAAGCCUUGAAGAGAGCCUCAGUCACUGUGCAUGCAUCUCCACCACCAUCAGUGUAUCCAGCAGCAGUGGCAAUGACUCUGAUACACACCCCUGGACCUCUGACACUUCAGUCUUUGGUUCUACCAGCGACAGAGGCUCUGAUACACACCCCUGGACCUCUGACACUUCAAUCUUUGGUUCUUCCAGCGACAGAGGCUCUGUCUGCGCUGAGGAUUUGUGCUCCAACCCAUGUGUCUUUCAGCUGUCCAGGAGUAACACCCCUGACUCACUGUUUAACACCACACUCAUUGACGAGAACAGCUUGACUGACUACGUGGCCAUGGAUUUGCAGGUAACGGCUGUGGCCGGGGCUAAUCAAGGAGAUAGCUGUGAUGUGGAAACGUCUAAGCCUGAACAUUCCAGACAAUACCACCAAACCACCUCAUGCACUCCAAAAUGCGAAAAAUACCUCUCAUCCAAGCCCCCCUUCCUCCAUAUCUAUAAUCAGAGUAAACUCCCAGUGGGGGAAAGUUAUAUGCCAAUGACUUGUGGACCAGGUCCUCAUUAUACAGAUGACAUCCCUUCAGAUUACAAUGUGACCCCCACUCUUCUUCAAACACCUAGUGCUACCAUGUUGCCCUCAGACCAGCUGGGGCCCCAGGGCUACAUGAUGAUGCUUCCACGUAGCUGUUCACCAGCAAAGGACAGCCUCAGUGAUGUUGAUCAUUUAGUGUGUGAUGAAUACAUGAACAUGUCUCUCGGGAGCCACAUGGAUGGUCAUAUACAUGGCUCACUGGGGGCUCUUAAGUCCUACAGCUCCUAUUCCUCUCUACCAAGCUCUAACCAGCCUCCUUCACAGAGGAACUGUGAACAUGAUGACUGUAUCUUCACGUGUCAUCCUGCAGCUCAUCACUGCUCUGCAGUUGAAUGGAACAGUAGAAACCCUCUCUGUAGCUCACCUCGUCACUCUGCUCAUCCAAGCAGUGAUGUGCUGCUGAACCUAUCAGAUGUGCCUGUGUUGAAUGUCACUGGUUUGUCCUUGGACCAGCAUGGGGUUGAAGAUAGUGACCUGCCCACUCAAACUGAGUCUAUCCAGAUUUCAACAGAUCGUCUCAACUACAUUGCUCUCUACCUGAGGGAUGAUCAGUGUGCCACCUGUGAUGUCCCUUUGCCUACCGAUGAGGUCACUUCUCCACUUCCUGCACGUACCAGUCCCAGAGAGAGUGGGUCUGGACCUGGUCUCUACACUGGCAUAGACCUCCCCACAUCAGCAGGACAGACUGCUGCCACCAGACGUUGGCUGUGUUCUUGUCUCCCCUUGUGCAUCAAUACUGAUGACAGUGAGUAAGAGGACAGUUUAAAAAGUGUCAGUGCUGCUUUUGAAUCGAUACAUUAUUGAAUGAACCAGAUUGUGAAUACUCGGCCUUGUUGUUUACACGAUGAUAAUGAUCAAAUAAACAAGUUAUUUGUACUC